UUUAGAACUUAACUACGGAUACAAAAUUCCCUUUUUCACCACCCCUAAAAAGGCUUCUUUCAAAAACAACUGUUCGGCUCUUGACAAUGAAGAUUUUGUAAAUAAGGAAUUACACGAGUUACUUAAAACCGGAAGAAUAAAAGAGAUGGCUACUGAGCCACACGUUGUUAAUCCACUGAGCGUUAGUUCGUCCUAAAAUAAGAAGAGACUUAUUCUUGACCUGAGACAUGUAAACAGACACGUGUAUAAACAAAAAACCACAUUCGAUGAUUGGAAGUUUUUCGGAGAAUUUGUUGAGGAAAAUGGUUUCAUGUUUAAAUUUGACAUAAAACAAGGCUAUCAUCACAUAGAAAUUGCUCCAGAGCAUCAAAAAUAUUUAGGAUUUUCUUGGGUAACAAAUGGCGAAAAAAGAACUCUUUGCAAGUCAUUUUACGCAACAUUUGGAAAACGAAACUUUGAGGCAUUUAGAAGAAGAUCUACCAGAAUAUAUCUUAAAUUCCAGGGCGAAUAACACGAUAAAAACGUACUAUUAUUCUUUUAAUUCAUGGAAUACAUGGUGUCAAAAAUAUUCUGUAUCAAAAUUACCAGCUCUACCGCUAACAGUUGCGUUGUACAUACUUAACCUAACCCAAAUGAACAAUUCUUAUCCUAAAAUCGAAAUCGCAUUCUACGCUAUCCAGUAUUUUCACAAUUUGACAGGCUACAAUAACCCAAUGCGACCACACUUUACCAAAAAAUAUGCUCGAAGCCGCUAAACGCCUACUACAACAUCAAACUCGCAAGAAAGACAUAAUUACGGUUGAACAUUUGCACGCAUUACAUAAACAACUUGUUAAAAGCGAAGCUGUUAACCUUUAAAUACUUAGAACUUUUAAUAUCUUUCUCUUGGGAUUUUGUGGCUUUCUUAGGUUUUCGGAAAUUAGUAAUCUGAAAAGAUGUGACGUCACUUAAAAAAAUAGCUUUAUGAAACUGUUCAUAGCGAAAAGCAAAACAGAUCUACAGAGAAGGACACUGGGUUUACAUCAGCGCUUGCGGAAAUGGGAUCUGCCCAGUAUAUAAUUUAACUGAGUAUAUGAAGUAUGUACCUGCUGAGCCUGAUUCCUAUCUGUUUAGAGCGGUCACAGUUACAUCAAACAAUAAAAUUCGGAAGUUUUAAAAAGAUGAAUCGCCCAAUCAGCUACACAACAACAAGAGAAAAUGCACUCGAUGCACUGGCAUCAAUCGGAUUGGAUAGGACAAGAUUCGGACUCCACAGCCUACGUGCUGGAGGAGCAACAGCAGCGGCAAAUGCAGACGUCCCAGACCGUCUUUUUAAACGACAUGGUAGAUGGUGUUCGGAGACAGCCAAAGAUGGUUAUGUGGAGGACGACGCAGAGCAUUUACUACAUGUUACAAGGAAUCUAGGCCUUUGAACCCUAACUUUUUCGUACAUAACUACUACUACUAGUCGAAGUUCUUUGAGUCUUCCCUGUCGCAAAAAUAAGAAAAUAAAUAAGGUUAUUUUCGGUUAAGCGCAGCGAAUUAGAAAAUAAUAUUUCAUAUUUAAUAAGUCGCCAUCAAUCUAGGUAGUCAAAUAUAGCUGGAAACCAAUUUUUAUAAAAACGCCAUCAAACGAUUCGAUCGAUUUAACCGCAUUCGUUUGAGUGGAAAUCCGCCUUUACGCCCAAUUUUACUUUAAACAACAAAGAAUAUACCGGUACAACAAUUUUAAUAAGCGUGACUGUUUUUGCGAAAUAAAGUCUGUUUGUCGCGGAACGAAACGGAAAAAACACGGAGCAGGACGGAAAUUUUUUUUGCUGGUAAUUUUCACUUCAUAUUAUUGCGCACAUAUAUUCUCUAAAAAAAAACAGCUGGGUCAUUAUUUGUUUUAGCCCCUUUACCUUUAAAGACUGUCUCUACAGAUAUUCUUCUCCUGGCAACAUUUCGUGCAUGUGCGACACGACACCAGAGAGAACAUUUGCAAAAUUGGAUACCGGCAGUGUUAGUGUACAAAUAAAAACAUUCUAAUAUAAAUAUUUAUAUAGGGUUUUUAUUAAUCUCACAAAAGCUUAGUUAACAGAAGAGAGCACGACAGAUGUUAACUAUGUAUUCAUCGUUGGCUUGUAAAAGUAUUUCAAGCGUAAUACUAACCACAAUUCAAUUUAUUAGUUUAAGCCUAACUCACACUAUUGACAAAAG